AUGCAUGUCGGCACGUGCACGCGCCUAAGCACCGGGCACAUCAUCAUCAUCAUCAUCAUCAUCACCAACACCACCGACACCACCGACACCGCCGCCGCCGUGGAGUCACAUGCAGUGGUUGCGACUCCUGCAGCCGCACUGACAAGUCCUCAUAUCAGCGAGAUGUGUGGACGGACCAGGACGGCCCUGUUGUGUCUUUGGGCUUUCUUGCUGGGCAUCAACACUGUACUGGGCGGAGGGAGCCCGGGGCAGAAUGGCCAGACAGAUGAUAAUGCAGAUGACACUAAGGUCUUCACCAAGAUCUUAGACAGCCUUCUGGACGGCUACGACAACCGCCUCCGGCCCGGACUCGGAGAGCGUGUAACUGAAGUCAAGACUGACAUUUUCGUGACCAGCAUUGGGCCCGUUUCAGACCACGACAUGGAGUACACCAUUGACGUGUUCUUCAGACAGAGCUGGAAGGACGAGCGGCUAAAGUUCAAAGGGCCCAUGUCGGUUCUUCGUCUCAAUAACCUGAUGGCGAGUAAGAUCUGGACGCCGGACACGUUCUUCCACAACGGAAAGAAGUCGGUGGCCCACAACAUGACCAUGCCCAACAAGCUGCUGCGCAUCACAGAGGAGGGCACGCUGCUGUACACCAUGAGGUUGACAGUCCGAGCUGAAUGCCCCAUGCAUCUGGAGGACUUCCCCAUGGACGCCCACGCCUGCCCACUCAAGUUUGGCAGCUAUGCGUACACUCGCGCUGAGGUGAUCUACGUCUGGACCAGAGAGCCGGCGCAGUCUGUGGUGGUGGCUGAAGAUGGAUCCAGGUUGAACCAGUACGAUCUGAUGGGACAAAGUGUGGACUCUGGUGUGGUCCAGUCCAGCACAGGAGAGUAUGUGGUGAUGACAACCCACUUCCACCUGAAGAGGAAAAUUGGCUACUUUGUGAUCCAGACGUACCUGCCCUGCAUCAUGACGGUGAUCCUGUCCCAAGUGUCGUUCUGGCUCAACAGAGAGUCAGUUCCUGCCAGGACUGUGUUCGGAGUGACCACUGUGCUGACCAUGACCACCCUGAGUAUCAGCGCCAGAAACUCUCUCCCUAAAGUGGCCUACGCUACAGCCAUGGACUGGUUCAUCGCCGUGUGCUACGCUUUCGUGUUUUCGGCCCUCAUCGAGUUUGCCACGGUCAACUACUUCACCAAGAGGGGCUACGCGUGGGACGGCAAAAGUGUGGUUCCAGAGAAGCAAAAGAAAAAGAAGGAGUCCAUGCUGAAGAAGAACAACACCACAGCCUAUCCCGCCGCCACCGCCACCACUUUCGCCCCAAACAUUGCAAGGGACCCUGGAUUGGCCACGAUUGCCAAAAGCGCACCUCCUCCUCCCACUGAACCCAAGGAGGAGCCCAAGCCCAAACCACCAGAGGCCAAGAAAACCUUUAACAGUGUGAGCAAGAUUGACAGGAUUGCCAGAAUAGCCUUCCCGUUGCUCUUUGGAACAUUUAACUUGGUCUACUGGGCGACCUACUUGAAUAAGAAGCCCAAACUGCAGGUGUAA